GCGCGAUGGUGCCCGCAAUUCGAUGAGCCUGGCCUCGAUUUCUCCUCUUCUAGGCGCUCCAUCUCUAGAAAUUGAUUCUUCUCGUCUCGAGCUGCCGGUUUUGAGAUAGAUUUUCUCCGGCGGGGUUUCCAGGAUGCGGACGAGCUUCAUGCUGCUGCUCUUCGCGCUCGCUAUUGCGGCCUCCACGGCAGCGGUGGUAGCAGCGGCGGUAGCAGCUCCUGUAUGCCCCGUGCCAUCGCUGGAGGAGUUGCUGCUGCCUCUCCGGGAUUCCUGCCCCAAAAUCACUCGCAACGCUGUCCCCAGGAUCUGGUCGACAUCGCCUUCCAGGGUCAUCGAGCUUGGCGAGGGAGCCUUGGAGCAGGCAUUGAGCAACGAAACUUUCACUGCUGUUCUCUACUACGCGACGUGGUGCCAGUUCUCCAAGCAGCUCAAGCCAAUGUUUGAGACACUCUCGAUGAUGUUCCCGACGAUCUUCCAUGUGGCAGUGGAGGAGUCUUCCAUCAGGCCAGGAGUGUUGUCAAAGUAUGGAGUCUAUAGUUUCCCAGUGCUAUGCUUGCACAGUGGAUCGUCCAGGUUUCGUUACUCGGGCCCGAGAACUUUGGAGGAUCUGACGAUGUUCUAUGCCAAUAUCACAGACAUGCCACCGUCCAAGUUGGUGAAGGCUUUUGGCGCAGAAAACAGUACUUCCAGUGAGCCCGCUCUGUCAGAGAGGCUUCAAAACGAUAGUUACUUGGUGCUGGCGUCGUGGUUUCUCAUUCUCAGGAUCUUGCUGCUGGUUUUGCCGGUGGCAGUGAACAGGGUGAAGAAUUUCUGGGAAAGGUGCCACCUUUACAGGAUGAUGAAGCCCAGGGGACUCAACGACAACCAAGGAGUUGCAGAAAGAGGCUUCAAGCACAGGCGGCGAUUGUCCGUCCCAGGAUGGUCUCACCAGAUCACUUCUCCAUCGUCGUCGCUGGCCAUUGCCGAGAGCAGCACGAGAAGAAUCGGCCCAGCAGAAGAUCUUGGCGGUAGAAUCAUGUAGGUGUUCGUUCCAGGAUGGAUUUCUCAGGUGAAGAUUUUUCAUGGCAUCA